AUGACCAGCACAGUAAUAAAGCAUGGAUUGCCCAUGCGUAACUCUUUUGAUAUUACUGGUCUCAGUGUUGCACAUUGGUUCCCUGGACAUAUGGCUAAAGGUUUGAACCAAAUGCAAAGGAAGCUUAAGUCAGUGGAUUGCAUAGUAGAAGUUCAUGAUGCAAGAAUCCCAAUUUCAGGCCGAAAUCCUAUUUUUGAAAAUAGGUUGACAGCUAUUAAACCCCACCUUUUGGUUAUGAAUAAAGCAGACAUGAUUAGUCAUAGAGAUAAGAUGGCUAUCGAACAGUAUUAUGAUGCUCAAGGUUCCAAGGAUUUAGUGUUCACAAACUGUAAAAGGCCAGAUAGCAAAGGGAUCAAAAGUGUCAUUCCAAGAGUACGUAAACUUAUUGAGGCUUCUGAACGCUACAAUCGAUCUGAAAAUUCUUCAUAUCAACUUAUGGUGAUUGGAAUACCUAAUGUGGGGAAAUCCUCUCUAAUAAAUGCUUUACGAGCAAAAAAUUUGCGAAGAGCCAAAGCAUCUGCAGUGGGAGGAAUACCAGGAGUUACUCAAAGUGUGUUGGAAAGAAUAAAGGUUUGCGAAAAUCCUGAAGUGUUCUUACUGGACACCCCUGGUAUAUUGACGCCAAAAAUCCAAGAUGUGGAAACUGGGCUUAAGCUGGCAGUUGCUGCAACAAUUAAAGAUCACAUUGUUGGAGAAACAAGUAUUGCAGAUUACCUUCUAUUUAUCUUGAAUGACAAAGGAAACCAUAAAUAUGUUGAUUAUCUCGGGUUACAAAAUCCCACGGACGACAUAACGGAACUCCUUACCUUAACUGCUGUAAGGUAUAAUUGGUAUAGAAAGAGCCGAACUCAUCAGGGUAUCUUCCAUAUGCCAGACACUCUUGCAAGUGCAUCUAUGUUUCUCAAAGGUUAUCGAACUGGAAAAUAUGGUCCUGUAAUUCUGGAUGACCUGGAAAGGUCUUCUACUUCUUCGUAGCAUUGAAUUUAGUGCAUACAGUAGUUUGCAGUAAACACUUCGGUUUCAAUCAUUUGAUCUGCAUAGCCGUUGUUUGUCAGCAGUUGGCAAAUUCAGUCAAGUUCGUUAUGUACUAUGCCUCUCCAUGAUGUGCUGUGUAUGAAGGCUUCAUUCAAGCAACAGCCAGCAUUCGUUGCUUCUGUAUAUAUGGACCAUUUAAUGAAACAUUAUUUAUAUGGUUUAGUCAAGAGAGACAAAAUCAAUAACCCUGUCAGACGUAUCAUUAGUUCAGUAGGCUCAGUUACAUAUGAUUCAUCUAAAUGGCUUGUAAAGAUAAUAUACCUGUGGUAGAAAACACUUCUAGCACGAAUGUAAAAAAAAAACAAUGUUGACUUUAUAAACCAAUUGAAUAGUUUAAAUUUGAAUUUUUAUUUUAAUAUGGUUAGUUUAGAUGUUGUCUGUUUAUUUACAAAAGUACCUGUAGAUGAUUUAUAGACUUGAAUUUUUGGAGGAAGAAUUAGAAAGUUAUGAUAUGCCUUUAACUGUAGCAAACCAUGAUCAAUAGUCUUAUACGGUUAUGUAUCAAAGAUUGUAAAUUUUGUUUGAAUGGUGAAUUUUUUGUACAAAAGUUUGUCAUGGCUAUGGAUAAUACCUUAUCUUCUGUCCUUAGCAAUAUUUACAUGGAAGUAAUUGAGACAACUCUUACUAAGAAUUUUACACCAAAGGUUAUAUGGUUUAGGUAUGUGGACAAUAUUUUCUGUAUUUGGACAGUUCACAAAAAUCUCCAGGAAUAUCUGAUUCAGCUCAAUAAUUUAGUUCCUUCUAUAAAAGUUACUUCAGAUGAAGAAAGAAAUUAUAACUAACAUUGCCUCUUUUGUUCAUUAUUAUUCCAAUCACCAUCAACAUGUUAAAUUCUCUGUAUUUUUCUGAGAUGUAGCACGCAGUUUAUUGAUACUGAGAUUAACACUAUUAUGAUAUUGCCUUGAAACUUAAAUACCCAAGGACUUUUGUAGAUGUAGCAUGGAAAAGAGCUAGAAAAACAUUUUAUUUAACUAAUGACAAACUUGAAUUUAGUAAACAUAACGUUCUCAAAUUGCCGUUUGAUGAAAGGUUUUUCGAAAUUCCUCGAAUUUUUAAAGCUUUUCAACAUAAAUGUUGUUUUCAGUAAUAUUAGUGUUAAGAGUUUAGUAAUGAAAAAUUCUCCUAAAGAUGUUACUGGCUGUAUAUAUGAAAUUCCUUGUCAAAAGUGAGAUCAAAUAUGUUACGGACAAACUGGAAAAUCACUUUAACAAUGAAUCAAACAGCACCAGUAUUCAGUGAGAACUGGUCAAAUAUCGAUUACAUUAUUCGUACGUAUGAGAGAUUUAGAUCAACUUUAACUGAAGUCAGGCAAGAUCCUUAAUGCAAUGUAAUAACACAGUUAAAAGGAAUAUAAUUAAAUCUUGUUUCAUCAAAUCAAAUAACGGAAGUGUUCCAAAUUUAAGUCUUUGUUUGUUUAAACUUGAUGCCUUCAUUUAUUAAAAAAAGUUGUAGAUAUUAUAAGCAACAAAAUUAAUAUGAUCAGUUUUAUAAAUGUUUAAGUCUGUUUUAGUUUAUGGCCGUGUGAUCUCCUUAGAAUCUUGGAUUAUCUCUCUGAUUUUUACCCUUUUGACAAUUAACCAUCUGGAUUUUCAUGAUCAUUUUGUUUACCUUGUAACUUUCUUUUCAACACUAUCUCAUUUGUGCCUCGACAAUGUCUUAUUAAAUUACUAAAGUGCUCUGCUACGAA